AUGUCCACGGUCCCCUACGCGGCCUUCCAUCCCAUCUUCUUCUUGCACCACUCGAACUGCGAUCGUAUCUAUGAGAAGCAUGUGCAGCUCGAGACCCCCGAGGAGUGCGCCUCGGAGUUCGCUCUCCGGCAGCAGGCCCUUGCGCAACAGGGCGAGGCGAAUCGCUUUCUUCGGCCCCUGGAACCUUUCAUGCACCCUUUUCCUCCGGAGAGGGCGAUGGUCCCGUCGGACACCUUUGAUACCAAGGCUCUAGGCUACGAGUACGACGAGCUGCCGCCAGACCCUCCCCUGCGAAUGAUGGAGGAGCCGGUCUACGUGGCGUUCCGCAACAUCAAGGUUCUGGAGCUGGAUCGGAAGAGCUAUGCCCUCCACAUCUUUCUGGUGGCCAAAGGCUCAGAGUGGGUGCCACCCAGCCGGCCGAAGGAGUUCAGGACCCGGCCCAGCUACGCUGGCGCCGGCGCGAUCUUUGGAGGGAGGGCCGAGGAGUGUCGCAACUGUCGCAGCCGCCCACCCUACGCUGUUAUGGUGGAAGUGCAGCAGACGCUACAGGAGAUGCGUCUCAGUCGCCACGAUGCCCAGAUCCAAGUGCUCUGUGAAGAUGAACUCGGCGUCCUCCUGCCUUUGGAAGAGACCCCUGUACCCCGACCUGUGUUCAUGGGUCCGUGGUUCGAGGAUCCGGACUCACCACUGGCCCUUGGCACCACCGGCAUUGAGGUGUUGCAGGUGCAGAAGGCGCUCGUCACACUGGGCUACCUUGCUGAGGAUCCCACCUUCGCCUCAGGGGUGUUCGAUGCAGCCACUGAAGAAGCCGUGAAAGAGUUCCAGCGAUUCAGUGGCCUCGCCCAGGACGGCCUCGUGGGGCCCGUGACCAAAGCGCAGCUCACCGCGCAGCGCUUCGACCGGCUCCCGGACGUUUCCUUGGGAGGACGGGCAGCUGACGUCGCUCAGACCAAAGCAGUUGGCGUGGGCUUCUUUGAACUUCGCCAAGUUCCAGAGUGA